UGCCGUAUCGUCAUCGUCAUCAUUCGACGCGCGCUCUUCUGCUGCUUAUUCCUUUUGUCUUUCCGGUUUGAAAUCAGCGGAUAAUGUCACAUUGAGCUGCCAUCACUAGCAGAUAUCUGCUCAGAUGGAGACGCCAGAGACAUUGACACGAUGUUAUGUAGCUGAGCAACGCAGCAGUCCUUUGGCUUCAAGGUCCAUGAUGCUGAGAUGGUGCUGACGCUGGUUUUGCAAGCAAAAGUUUAGUGACAGGAAACGAAAUCAAGAGAUGCAUUUUUUUCGCUGCUCUUGUUUCGCGACGGACAACAUCCAUUUACGAGCCUAUGACCUACAUGUUAGGUACAGAGGACGGGAACAAUUCUGGAGUGACUAUGGAAAGGUACUGACAAACUGUGGAUGCGAUACAGAAGAAAAGAAACGUGCCACAUAUGAACUGAUAGAAGCAGAAAUUUGCCGACGCAAAGAAGAAGAUGGAAAUGUCAAGUCCCGCCGAGACAUGAUUCAGACAAAAUAUGUUCGCAAGCACCCAGAAGUUUAUACUCUCAGUGAGGACUACUUUGAGCCUGCGUUCAUGCAGUGUGUGAAAGCUGCUAAGGAGAGCCCUGACAAAGUUUUGCAGCACGUGACAGUUGUAUCGCCAAUGAAGAAGCUUUAUUCAUUCCCUGUUUUCAAGGCUGAAUUCUGCAAGAAGUUGAUUGAUGAACUCGAGAAUUUUCAGCAGUCGGAUAUGCCCAAGGAAAGACCCAACACAAUGAAUCGUUAUGGGGUUUUACUGGGUGACCUGGGUUUCGACGAGCACUUCCUAAAUCCCCUUCGCGAAAACUACUUGACACCCAUUUCGAAAGCCUUGUUUCCGGAGUGGACUGGAUCGAAGUUUGACUCCCACAAGGCCUUCACUGUCCAGUAUCAGCCAGAGAAGGAUGACGAUCUCGGAUGCCAUUAUGAUAACUCUGAGGUGACACUCAACGUGUGUCUUGGGAAAACCUUCCUGGGAGGUGAAGCGUAUUUUUCUGAGAUGCGAACGGUAGACAUUACGCUUGCGACCUGCGUCCUCCUCGAACAAUAUCCAGGCGUUGGAAUUCUACACCGAGGACAGGAACGCCACGGUGCGCUCAGCAUUUUUGAAGGAACUCGCAUUAAUAUGGUCACCUGGUUGAGAUCUUCCGAAAUUCGAAACGCGCUCUGCCCGAUGUGCGACCGAGCUCCGCAGUUGGUGCCCUCCUAUGCAUUUGGUGAUGGUUUCACAAAGUGAGAUAAAGAGAUACGUUGUUCAACA